AUGGAGGCGGCCCCACCAGCAACAGCAGCAGAGACGUGGGGAGGGCGGGAGGGUGUGUGGGGCAGGCCGGUGGGGUCGUUCACAAACGGCUGCGAGAGCGACUACGCACUGACGCGGCUCGUGGGGGAGCCCUUCAACACCCUGGCCGCCCUCGCCAUCGUGGGCAUCGGCCUCUUCGGCCUCUAUCACUGCGCACCGCCCGGCCACGAACUGCGCACCCGCGCCACCUACCUCGCCCUCGCCCUCCUCGGAGCGGGUGCGGCGCUGUUCCACGUGACGCUGCUCGAGUUCACGGAGCUGUUCCAUGGGCUGCCGGUGGUGUAUGCCGCGUGCGUGCUCCUGUUCUCGGUCCUCACGAGCCAGCGCGAGCCUCCUUUCAAGGCCACCGAGUCGCAGGUGCCUGCUACGCGCCGAGCUCACUACAGCCCCUUGCCCACACGUGAAGAAAGCACUGACUCGAGCGUCGCUGUGCUGCCCCAGCUCGUGCUGUGCCUGGCGGUGUACGCAGGGAUCUCGACGCUCGCGCCCAUCCUGCUGGACUUUGACGAGCUCGUCCCGCUGGUGCCCAUGUUCGCCGGCAUUGCCCUGGCCGCCCUGGCGCUCCAAAGUUGGCGGGCCUACAGCGAGCACCAGCCCAUCCUCGACGAAGCUGGAGCCGCCGCACUCGGCAAGGCCUCCCUCGGCAUAUUCGCUCUCGCGCUCGUCUUCUGGCUGGUGGAGACCCAGUACUGUACGACGAUCGCGGUCUGGAACUUCCACGCACUGUGGCACGUGCUGGAGGGCGUAGCGGGGUACCUGCUCUGCGUGUUCCUCUCCGCGUGCCGCGCCAUCAGCCUCGGGUGGGACGUCAACAUCCUCUACUGGCGCUCCGUGGUGCCCGUCAUCGUCAUCGACAGGGACCCCGUCUCCUACUCCAUGGAGUUCUGA